AUGGUAUUGACUCAGCGUCGUGUGGAGGACUUAUGCUGCAGCGCAGAUGCUCUGUUGGCAACUGGAAAUGAGAAGUUGCGUAAUAAAUGUCACCGCGCCGGCUUUGCGCAAACAAAUACGGCAGAACCGCGCGCAGAUGUCGAUGUUGCCAAGCUAGCGAUCGAAGAGCCGCAACUUAUGAGAAGUCAAAAUGUGAGAGGAAACCUGAAUGGAACCGCAUUGGCUGUUGACUGUGAAGCUACCUGUAAUGACCUAGUUGCACAAAACUUCAAAGCGGUGCCGUACCUGCAAUGUUCCCGACUGUGUUUGGACCAGCAGAAAAAGUGA